GGCGGCUGCUGACCGGCGGAGUGGCGUGGACCUCAUGUAGAAAUGACAACAAUGGAAGGGGCCAGCGGGUCGAGUUUUGGAAUAGACACGAUUUUGUCCAGUGCCAGUUCAGGCAGCCCCGGCAUGAUGAAUGGAGAUUUCCGCCCGCUCGGGGAGGCCAGGACUGCGGAUUUUAGGAGUCAGGCCACCCCGUCUCCUUGUUCGGAAAUCGAUACCGUAGGAACAGCGCCUUCUUCUCCUAUCUCGGUCACCAUGGAGCCCCCGGAGCCGCAUCUGGUAACUGACGGGCCCCAGCAUCACCACCACCUCCACCAUAGCCAGCAGCCGCCGCCGCCAGCCGCGGCUCCGACGCAAAGUUUGCAGCCUUCGCCCCAACAGCAGCCGCCACCGCCGCCGCCGCCGCAGCAGCAGCCGGCCGCCCAGCAGCUGGGCUCGGCCGCCUCGGCCCCCAGGACUUCCACCUCUUCUUUUUUAAUUAAGGACAUCUUGGGAGACAGCAAACCUCUGGCGGCGUGUGCACCCUACAGCACCAGCGUCUCCUCUCCUCACCACACCCCGAAGCAGGAGAGCAAUGUAGCGCACGAGAGCUUCAGGCCAAAGCUCGAGCAGGAGGACAGCAAAACCAAACUGGACAAGCGGGAGGAUUCCCAGAGCGACAUCAAAUGCCACGGAACAAAGGAGGAAGGAGAUCGGGAGAUUACUAGUAGCCGAGAGAGUCCCCCUGUGAGAGCCAAGAAGCCUCGAAAAGCCAGGACAGCUUUCUCCGACCACCAGCUCAAUCAAUUGGAGCGAAGCUUUGAGCGGCAGAAGUACCUGAGCGUCCAGGACCGCAUGGACCUGGCAGCUGCACUGAAUCUCACCGACACUCAAGUCAAGACCUGGUACCAGAACCGCAGGACCAAGUGGAAGCGGCAGACGGCAGUGGGCCUGGAGCUGCUGGCCGAGGCGGGGAACUACUCCGCGCUGCAGAGGAUGUUUCCAUCGCCCUAUUUCUAUCACCCAAGCCUGCUGGGCAGCAUGGACAGCACCACGGCGGCCGCGGCGGCCGCGGCCAUGUACAGCAGCAUGUACCGGACUCCUCCGGCCCCCCAUCCCCAGCUGCAGCGGCCGCUGGUGCCACGCGUGCUCAUCCAUGGCCUGGGACCUGGGGGACAGCCUGCCCUUAAUCCUUUGUCCAACCCCAUCCCGGGCACCCCGCAUCCCCGGUGAAGAAGGAGGGAAGGCGCUGCUCUCCCUCCAGGUCCCCGCCCCGACCCGGACAGCUGCCCCGCCUCUCCCCGCACCAGGCCACCAGGCUUCCCUUGCGGCCUUCCCUGAGAGGCAGAGGAGUGAGAGAGAAGACGCUCACCAAUGGGCAGGGGUCCCCAAAGGGGAGCCAGCCCUCUCCUCUCCAUCCCCAUCCCCUGAGGCAGGGCUGGAACGUUCCCCACUGUGGUGUGACUGGUGAAACCGCUGACCCCACUCAGUGCAACCAGUAAGUGAAAACA